AUGGCUACCGAAGAAGAACAAAUUGAAAUUAUAAUUCCAAAUGACGCAACCUCAGAAAUAGAUGAUAAUAUACCACAAAGCCAAAACGGAAAGUUGGCUUCAUUAAAGGCAUGGCUAAAAAAAUCAUUAGAUGAAACUGCAAGGAAGUACUUAUCCAGUGAUACUCACUCAGCUUUAUACCAGAUUUAUGAUAUGUUUAAGAAGCAGAUGAAUGACUUUAAUACGGUUGAUGCAAUAGCUGCCACGUUAUACAUUUAUGUUUUAGAUAUUCCAUUGUUAGAUAAGACUUAUCUCACCUGUCAAGGAGUAGACCCAGCCAGAUUAGAACCGCAACCAAUAGAUUUAAGUGAAAAACAAUUAAAAAGACUUUUUGAAAUAACACGAUAUACUAUUGGAAUUUAUGGGGUAAUGGGAAUAAAACCAAAAGACCUUGUAGAAAAUGUAGAAUUUAAAACAGAAGAAUUUAAUUUAACAGUCUUUCUUAAUCAUACUAAAACUAAAAAAGAAGAGGUUGUUGAGUACAGUGCAUCUGCAAAUACAUAUGACCCAAGUUAUCUUAUUUGCGUAAAAAAAUCCAUGAAUGCUAUUCUUAUAGUAUUAAGAGGGACGUUAUCUCUUUCUGAUUGUGUCACAGAUUUAAUUGCAUCACCAGAACAAGUAAAUGUAUUUGGAAUUGAAGGGCUAUGUCAUUCUGGUAUAUUUCAUGCUGGUAAGCGAAGGUUUGUUGCACUUGCAUCUAAAAUGGAGAUGCUUCAUAGCUUAUAUCCAGAUUAUCAAAUAAUUAUUACAGGACAUUCUUUAGGAGGUGGUGUUGGUAUUGUAUUAUCUGCACUUUUGUUAGAGACAUAUCCAGAUUGGGAUAUAAAAUGUUUUGCUUUUGCACCAGCAGCUGCAUUUUCAAAAGAAAUUGCAUGUUGUAAACAAAUGAAAAAUAUGGUAAUUAGUUUAAUUAAUAAUAACGACAUUGUCCCAAGACUAAGUUUAGGUAGUUUUGAAUACUUUAAAGGAAUGAUUAAAUGUGUUAAAGACAUUGUUGGGAUACAUGCUAAAGAAUUACUUGUUGAUUCUGUUAAACAAGUUGAGAAUCCAAUGACAAUUGCAUUAAAAAUUAUUGGAAAUAAAAAAGAUGAAUUGGUUCACUCAAUAAACUUAAUUACUACAACCCAUCCUCCUUUUAUUCCUUCUGGUAGAGUAAUUCAAAUGAUUCCAGGAAAGUCAGUGCCUAAGCCAAUUUCUCCAGAUGGAAUUGAACUAGAAGACUUAACUAAACCAAGUGAAGACCUUCCUCAAUGGUUUGAAGUACCAAAUGAAGCAUUUGGAAGAAUAUUACCAAAGAUGUCAAUGUAUAUUGACCAUAUCCCUCAUUCUUACGAAUCUAUUGUGAACGAUUGUAUCAAAGAGAUUGGAAAGUUUGACUUUAACAAACCUCAAACUAACGGAACUGACUUGUUAUGA